UCCCUCCCUCCCCUGCCCCUCCGCGAUGAGAGCCGGUCCAAGUCCCUGCGAGCCAGCGGCGAGCGCUGCCAGGGGCGCUCGGAUCGCUGGCAUGUCGCAGGGUGACCGCUAACCCUGCCUACCGAGGCUUGCCCUGGCCGGGCCGGGCCGGGCUGGGACCACGGCGGCAGCGGGCGGACGGACGGACGGACGGGCGGUCGGUCGGUCGAGCAGCUGCCCCGGCCCCGGGGUGCCUGCCGGCGCGCCCCGCGGGAUGCUGGCGGCGGGGGAUGAGGACUAACAUGGGGGGUAGCCACUCCCACAGGGCGCCCGUGUUCGACGAGAACGAGGACGUUAACUUUGACCAUUUUCAAAUAUUGCGGGCUAUUGGGAAGGGGAGUUUUGGAAAGGUGUGCAUUGUACAGAAGAGAGACACCAAGAAAAUGUAUGCCAUGAAAUACAUGAAUAAACAGAAAUGUAUUGAGAGAGAUGAAGUUCGAAAUGUUUUUCGGGAGCUACAGAUAAUGCAAGGCCUGGAGCAUCCCUUCCUAGUUAAUCUGUGGUAUUCCUUUCAAGAUGAAGAAGACAUGUUCAUGGUGGUUGAUCUGUUACUUGGAGGAGACUUGCGCUACCAUUUGCAGCAGAACGUCCACUUUAAUGAAGGAACGGUUAAACUAUACAUCUGUGAGCUGGCUCUUUCCCUGGAUUAUUUGCAGAGAUACCACAUCAUUCACAGGGAUAUCAAACCUGACAACAUACUAUUGGAUGAGCAUGGACAUGUUCAUAUCACUGACUUCAACAUUGCAACCAUAGUGAAAGGCUCAGAAAAGGCUUCUUCUAUGGCUGGCACAAAACCCUAUAUGGCUCCAGAAGUGUUCCAAGCUUUUAUGGAUGGAGGCCCAGGAUACUCAUACCCUGUCGACUGGUGGUCGCUAGGAAUUACAGCAUAUGAAUUGCUGAGGGGCUGGAGGCCCUAUGAAAUUCAUUCAGCCACCCCCAUUGAUGAGAUACUCAACAUGUUCAAGAUAGAAAGAGUUCACUACUCAUCCACAUGGUGCAAGGGCAUGAUAGCAUUGCUGAAAAAGCUCCUCACUAAGGAUGCAGAGUGCCGUCUUUCAAGUCUUGCAGAUAUCCAAAGCUCUCCAUACCUAGCUGAUGUCAACUGGGAUGCUGUUCUAGAGAAAUCUGUGACCCCUGGCUUUGUUCCUAACAAAGGAAGACUGAACUGUGAUCCAACAUUUGAACUUGAAGAAAUGAUUUUAGAGUCCAAGCCUCUCCAUAAAAAGAAAAAGAGACUUGCCAAAAAUAAAUCCAAGGAUGGAGCUAAGGAAACCUGCCCACUGAAUGUACACCUGCAGCAGUGCUUGGAAACCGUUAGGAAAGAAUUCAUCAUAUUCAACAGAGAGAAACUAAGAAGACAGCAGGAUCAAAGCGGACAGACUUCCAGCACAGAGAGCAGAGCAUCCCUGCAGAGCCAUGGGAAACUUCAAGAUGGACGUAACAACAACUUACUUGGACACGGAUGCACAAGAGGCUGCAGCAGCUAGUGAGCUACAGCCUCAUUCUUGCUUUCAUCCUGGGGGGGUGGCAAGGAAAGGUCCUCUCCAUGCAUGCCUUCACACUCGCCUGUUGGAUCCCAAGCAAUCUUACUUCUCCAGCAGGAUCCCCAGCCGAGGACAAGCCCAUGGAGCACACCGGUUGAGAACUUCUGCCUAUGACCCUGCUCUUCUUUUGACUCUGCCACUGGAAAAAUGACCAUCAGCAACAAAAUACAGUUUUAUAGGUUUGACUCUCCUUUUCAGAAUCCUGGAAGAAAACUUGAAACAAUUCAUUAGGCAGCCUCUCAAAGAUUGCCAUGUUUCUGGCUACCUGAAAGAGACACGGUUAUGCCAGGAGCAGCUUUAUCUUGAAGGCUUUACAUUGUCCUCUCUGUCUCUGUUAAUCAAAAUGGUCCAGUAUGGAAUUCUGUGAAACUGCUAGACACAGCUGUCUCUGAACAUCUGCUGUUGAGUUUAUAACAGAUGUAUAUGAUGUAAAUACAUGAAUGUAGUGUCAAAUAGGCUAAACACUGAAUAAUUUCAUUUAACUACCUAAAACCCAUUGGAAAUGUUGCAGCGUGAAUGUCUUUGUUGUUUAACUUCAUGCAUUCUGCUUUGUAGUAAGAGAUGUGACCCUGGCCAAGUCAAAGUUUUGCUAGUGACAUUUGUGGAUGCGGGUUUAGACACAUUAGCAGUGUUUCAUAAUUAUGACAAAGAAAGACCUUUUUAUUUGUAAGAAUAAGGUGACCGAGCCAGAGUUGAAAAGCAACUUAGCAAGGAGAGCUAAAAACGUUAGGAUUUUUCUCAGAUUCAUAGCUAGUUGUAAUAAAAUAUGAAGAAGUUACAUGUGUCUUUGUUUUCAUGGCUCUAUUCUGGAUGAGGAUUGUCUUGAAAAGAAAAAUACUUUAUCCAAAAUACUUUAUCCUGACAUGAAAAGUCUUUUCUGUUUGUUUGUUUGUGUUUUUAAGAGCAUCCACAAAUCCAUACAUCUCUGUAUUUUACAACUUGUACAUCCACAUUUUGAUAAUAAAUGCUUACUUGUUCUGUCUUA